UCUUGAAAAGGCAUGUUAUUCACACGCUUUGUCACCUCUUGCAUCGGUGGCUUCUGUUCAAGCAUACAAAUGACAGUGUCAUCACAUAGAAAUGUUCUCAAGUUGCUAACACUAGGACUCAUCUUCCACGUCGUAUUCAUUGCUUCUGUUUUUGACUGCUACUUCACUAGCCCAGUUGUCCAUGGCAUACUUCCUUGCAGGGCUGGCUCUGGGGAAGAAAAAUGGAUUGUUCUCAUUGUGGGAGACGGUCUAUGCGCAGACCUUCUAUUUGUGCCUUGUUUGCAUGAUAUUAUUCGAACACAAGGGGUGUUUGGAUUGUUGCACACUUGAGUACCAACAGAAAGUUGACCUGGACAUGUCACAAUCAUUGGGGGUAUGUAUGAGGAUAUAUCUGCUGUGUAAAGAGUCAAUUUCUUGUUAUUAUAUACUGACAAGACUCAUGAGAGGGUUGGAAAAUGAAUUCAGUUCACUUUGACUCCAUCUUC